AUAAAUGUGUUGAUGGAGUUGAGGCUAUGCCACAUUCACAAUCUCUUCAUAUGUCAAUUUAAAAAAACAAGAAAACACACACACACACACACCCACACACACACACACACACACUCACACACACAUACACACACACACACACUCACACUCACACACACACCUGCUUGCUUCGGGUUUUAUGACUAAGAGAACGGUUCAUACCAGCGUAGUCAUAGAACAAAAUGACUGAAUUCUACAAAAAAAGUCAAAGACACAAAGCAGCCAGCUGUGGUGAUAUGAACUUCAUUAACUGAUCGAGAUUUUAGAUAAUCUGAGGUUUACACAGGAACUGUCUGUGUAUAUAAAGACUUGUACGGCUGUCUCAGAGAGCUUAGUCUCCUGCAAAUGCUUUACCUCACAAGAUUUACUGACUCUGAAGAUCAGGGUCUCCAGGCUAGUAUUUACUGAAUGUAUCAUGUCAUGUGAGAAUGCAGCUCCAGUUUGGAUUCAUCUGUGCUUUACUGAGCUUUACACAACUGUCUCAAGCUCAGCUCAGCUCAGGUUAUCUCGUCUGCGAGAGCGAUUAUUGGCUGCAGGUCAGCUGCUUUUUAAAUUCCAGAGCCAUUCACAACUGGACAGAAAAUACCACAUACCUGCUGGAAUUUGAAGUGAAAAAUUACAAGAAAAAAUAUUGUUCACUUUCAGUGGAAAAGGACGGCUACAGCUGCAACUUUACAGCAGAACUAAUGUAUCACAGCACGUUUGCAAAUUACCACACCAUAGAUAUAAGCCUGUGUGUUCCUCAAAGCUGUAAACUUUUGAAGUCCAGUUUCUCGCCAGCACAACACAUUAAACCCAUCACUCCGUCUAACCUAAUGGUGCAGUAUGAAAAUGGGAGCUACACCUUCGCAUGGAAUAGUGGAUAUGAGAAACAUAUCUACAGGUCCGUCUUGCCUUUUGAGUAUGUACUGAGGUACCACCCUGUGGGACAAACUGCCAUGAAGGAGCUUCAUACAAGAGAAACGGUCUACAAUGUCUCAGAGACGGUUUUUGAUCCGGGAACCGAAUACGUGGCGAGGGUGUACAACACGGUGAUGAAAGACAAUGGGUAUAAAGGGACACCGAGUCAUGAGAGCGCUGAAAUCAGAUGGAAGACUCGACCAGCCAGUGCAGUAGAUGGAGUAAUAACCAUGAAGCAAAUUGCCAUUCUGAUUUGUUUGGCAGUAGGACUUCUGUCUCUGUUAUUAUUUCCUGUUGCAAGAAUGAAAAUUAAAAAGAUAUCCUGGGUAAAAACUCCAGCUCCAUACGUCUCACCGAUGAACCUGACAGCUCAGUAUUGGUUAUCCAAAGGUCACGUGCAGUACAUUUACAGCGAGGAAAUUUCCAAAAUCGAUAUGAUCACAGAGAACACACCCAGACAGCAAGUUCAAGAAUGUUCCUCCGUCAUUUAUUCUCAUUGUCCCACACCUUACGUCAGCCCUUUAAAAGAAGUCUGGCCGCCCUGUCUGACAUCUGACUCACGUAUUGCUGCUAAUAAUGCCUGUACAGAUCUCGAUUUCCUGCCUGACGACCACGAUGUUGAAAAAACCCUCCUUUGCUUGGGCAUAGCUGAAGGUUGUGUAUCUUUGGAUGACCUGGAGCCCAGUCUAGAGAUCUGCAAAUCCUCUGAAGCAUCAAGUCUCCCAGAAAACCCUGUGUGUUUUAAUCAGAGUUACUGCACUUUAACUAACACAGAAUUCGGCUUUAUUCCUACGUUUUGCAGCGUUCAGUGUGCUCCCAGUCUCAAUUUAGGGCUAAAGGGUACAACUACACCUGAGCUGUUGAAUAUACAGAUAGAGGACAAUACACUGGAAGUAGACACAGUGACUCUUGACGAUUUGCAGCUAUCUAUAGAAGAAUGACUGAAAUGAUAGUUUCGUGUAAAUACUGAAUUCUCUUCUGCUUUACAGAACGUCUUAUAAUAUACUAUAUAUAUAUAUAUAUACAUAUAGGGAACAUAAUAAUUUUUCCCACAAUUUAAUUCAAUUCUAAAUUUCAUUUUAGAUAAAAUAUAAAAAAUCCAGUAUUUCAAAAUAUUAGAAUAUUUCAUAAGAUAAUCAAAAAUGAUUUCUAAUAUGGAAAAGUCAAACUUCUGAGUAAAGUAUGUUCAUUUAUGCACUGGGGCUCUUUUUAUACAAAUUACUGUGUCAAUGCGGCAUGGCAUGGAGGCCAUCAGCCUGUGUAAUGGAAGCCCAGGUUGCUUUGCUAGCGGCCUUUAGCUCACUGUAUUGCGGGGUUUGUGUCUCUCAUCUUCCUCUUGAAAAUACCCAAUAGAUUCUCUAUAGGGUUCAGGUCAGGUUAUUUGUCCGGCCAGACAAACACAGUAAUAUCAAGGUCAGCAAACCAGUUCCUUCUGGAAAAGAAAAUCAACAUCUCUAUAAAGCUUGACAGCAGAUGGAAGCAUUUAGCGCUUUAAAAUCUUUUGGUAGAUGGUGACAUUGACUUUGGACUUAAUAAAACACAGUGGACCAACACCAGCAGAUGACAUGGCACCCCAAAUCAUCACUGACCUGUGGACACUUCACACAGGACUUCACACAGCUUGGACUCUGGGUCUCUCCUCUAUUUCUCCACACUCUGGGACCUUGAUUUCCAAAUGAAAUGCAAGAUUUACUUUCAUCUGAAAAAGAGGACUUUGGAGCACUGAGUAAUGCUCCAGUUCUUCUUCCCCUUAGCCCAGGGAAGAUGCUCCUGAUGUUGUCUCUGGUGCAGGAGUGGCUUGACACUUUUAGCCCAUUUCCUGGACACGUCUGUGUGUGGUGGCUCUCCAUGCACUGACCCCAUCCUCAGUCCACUUCUUGUGAAGAUCCCCCACGUCCUUGAAUCAGCUUUGCUUGACAAUCUUCUCAAAGCUAUGGUCAUCUCUGUUGCUUGUGCACAUUUCCUACAUUUUCCUUGCAGUCAACUUUCCAUGAAUAUGAUUUGAUACAGCACUCUGUGAACAAGCCAGCACUUUUAGCAAUGAUCUUCUAUGGCUUACCAUCCUUAUGGAGGGUCAGCGAGUGUCUUCUGGACAAGUGUCAGGUCAGCAGUCUUCCCCAUGAUCAUGGGAGUAUGUACUGAACCUGACUGGGAGAUUUGUGGUAGUUUUACUGAAUAAAACGUGAUUUGCUCAAAGUGGAAAUGAACUAUUCUGAUGAUUUGAGAUACAUUUUUACAAUGUUCUUGAGCUGCAGGCCACAAUUAUCAAAAAUUAAAAUAAAAAAAAGUCUAGAACAUAUACGCGUUUCAGUUUCUGAAGUAAAAAAUCUUGAACUUUUCCAUGAUAUUCAAAUUUUUUAAGAUGCACUUGCAUAUUCAAGGUUCCAGCCUCUCACAGCCGUCUGUUUGUGCCACAGUUCUGAGUUCAUCUUUCAGUAGAUUUUUUGCUUUAGACCUCGGUAUCUGCUGCCCUCUGCUGCCUGACUUGACUUUUUUUCAGCACAGAUUCAUUUUCAGUGCCAUCCAACUGUUUUAGGUUUUCAAACAAAUGCAUAGAAACCUUAGAGCUCCUGUGGAUCUCUCUUCCUCUUGAGAACCUUCCAAGUAGAACCCAUUUAUGAAGCUUACACCGAUCAUCCAAAACAUUAUGAUCACCAGCCUAAUAUUGUGUUGGUCCCCCUUUUGCUGCCAAAACAGCCCUGGCCCAUCAUGCAAUGUGUCAUGCAAAAUGUAGAGACAAAAUAUUUUUAAUGUAAUGCGUCUCAGUCCCCUGAGUAUCUCUGCUUCGCUCUUUCAGAACCACUGAUGGAAAUUAGAAUUGAAAAUGUUUGUAUAUAGUUUUUCUCAACUUGAAUUGUGUUGUAUUUCUGUGUAAGUGUUGCUCUGGUACAAUGUCUUAUGUUCAUGUAUGUAUAUCCAGAUAUAUAAAGUAUAAUACAAAGUGUUAAGUUGUUAGAUUUCAAGUUUUUAUUUCAGGAAUUAUUUCUUCAUAAGAAGUAAUA